AUGCCGCCAUCGGCCGAACCCUACAUUCCCUCCGUCGCCGCCGGCCUGUCCGCGCAAGAGGCCACCGAUGUUGACAAAGACUAUCUCUACUUCCUCCGUCACAUCCGCCUCGACAGCGAUGCCUACACGGUCGUGAUCCCGUCCGAGGACGGCGCCUUCUCCCCUCCCCGGGUCAUCAGGUACGAGCAACCCAUCCUCGAUCACAAUGCCGGGACCCCCAUCGUGGGCUCUAAUUGCGGGGGGCAAAGGGCCCCUCCCUCAUCGGAGGAGAGCCCUUGGGCCACGAGUGAGGCCCCGCACGGCGUGAAGCGCAAGGCUCUAGAGGCGAGCCCCGACGGCGAGGUCCGCAGCGGUGUUGUCCCCAUGGAAGAGGACACGCCGCCACCGGUGGCGAAAUCCACGUGGUAUGACUCACAACCUGACAUCGAUGAAGACUACCGCUUCUUCCUCCGGCAUGCUCACGAGGUGGAAGGCAAAUUGGUGUUCAAGAUGGGGAACUGUUCAAUAACUAUCGGGGAGGGAUCUGUAGAUCAUAGCGAUGCUGAGGAUGACGACGAUAGCAAGGAGGAGGAGGAGGAAGGGGAAGAGGAAGGGGAAGAGGAAGAGGAUGAUGAAGUGGACAAUCCUUUGUCUAGGCAGUCGGGGGAGGACGAUAUUGGUAUGGAGGAAAAGGAUGAUGAAGAGGAGGCCAUCCCUGCGUCAGUCACAGAGGAUGGGGUUGACUCGGAUUCGCCGAUUAUGAAGGUCUUUGAGUUACUUUAG